AGUUUCAUAAAAUAUUAAAAGUUUUGUUUCGCAAUUUUUUCUAAUUUUCUUUUUGAUUUGUUGGUUGUUUGCUCAUCUUCAAUGUCAAUUUUAAACCAAAGAUUCUGCGGUCCGCUUCAAUAAAAUGUGUACAUAAUAAACAAACAGCGUUAUCGCUAAGUUUCCGUUGUUGGGUGGUGGUGCGUAUCUUGCUGCGGACAGCGAGUGUUUACUGUGAUGUUGUGGUGACCCCCGAGUGUUCGUGUGAGGCGGCGCGAUGUCGGAGUACGAGCUGCAGUUCCAGGCGGACCUGGAGAAGGCGCAGGCGCUGAGCCUCGAGAGCCUGGCGCUGGACCAGUUCCGCCGGCAGAAGCAGCUCGCCAGCGGCGCCGCAGGCGUGUCGGCCGAGCGUCGAGACAGCAGCGCCAGUCGCGAGCCGCCGCCCGCGCUGCCGCCGCCGCCGCGCAAGCCGCCGCGUCUGCACCACAGCACCAGUGAAGGCAACAGAUCGUCCGGCACUAGUCCGGUGAAGGACGUGGACGCGGACCUGAUCUCCUUCAGCAGCCCCACCAGCAAGGCGCCCCGCGACCUGCACGCCAACUUCAUUGAGCAGAUCAACAAAUUGAGUCUGCAAGACGAUGCUGCUAGCUCCCCAGGCGACCAAUCACCGAUGAACAACCAGUACUUCCCGCGCGGGGGGGCGCCGUACCCCCCCUACCAAUACGCGUUCCCCCCUCCUUACCCCCCAGCGUACGCUGCCAGCACGCCUUACCCCACUCCUUACCCCAUGCCGAGUCCUGUCCCAUACCAGUACUAUCCGCCGCCGAACGCGAUGCCUCCCGACCAGGCAGGGUUUGCGGCGUCCCCUGUGUACCCCCCUCCGUAUACUCUGACGCGGCUGGCGUCGCCGGCCCCCUACCAGGGGUAUCCGCCGCCGGCGCCGCAAUACCAGUACAAUACUACUAAUAUGAUAUCACGACCCAUUCGUCCCUCGUUGUACCCACAACUGCCGCAAGCGCAUACGUACCCGGUUACGCCCGGGCAAAGUCUGGGCACACCCGGGCUGAGUCAGGUCUCAUCCGGGCCGGGUCAGCUGACACCCGGGCCGGUGCAAGCGCCCCCUGCAGCUCCCGCUGCUAUUAACAACGUGGCCCCGCCGGUUAAACCGGAAGCGGCGAGGGACUCCGUCGAAAGCAACAGCUCGAGAAAGUCUUCUGAAGUCAGUAUCGCUUCCAACGAGUCAGCGGACGCACUAGGCAGCCUGCCUAUCCUCCGCUCGCACAACCUCAUCGACUUCGGUCGCGGGGGCGGCGCGGGGGGCGCGGGGGGCGCGGGGAGUGUGCGGGUGUCUGUGCUGGAGGCCUUCGACCCGCUGCUCACUGAGCAGGAUAGUAGCGCUACCCAAAGCAUCUACAUGGCCCCGAGCGAGUGUUCAAGCGUGUAUGAAGAGUACGACCCACUUGACUUCCUGUACGGUGAGACGGAGAUACGCGAGGCGCCGGUGUACGCGGCCGUGGGGCAGAGGGAGACGGCGAUACUGCGAUCGCCGCCGCCCAAGACCCAGCCCAGGGCCGCCACUAAUAAGCUGUACGACUGUAUAGUGAAGGUGACAGAAAAGACGUAUGACAGUGAACAUAAGGCGUUUUUGAAAAUGGUGCUCGACGUCAGAAAAGAGUUCCCCUACUCCGACACUGCGACCAAUCCGGGCUACGUGGUCGCCGGGCGGUCGGACUCGCGCUACCCCGCCAACACCAGCAUCAAGCUGCAAGUGCACCCUGAAGGAACCCAGGAGCCCAUCGCAUUCACUUCCGACGUGGAAUCGACGGUGGACCACGUCAUUCUGACGGUGGUUUGCUCCCUGGACGAAGAGGUCACGGACAUGUCUAAUUUCAUGCUGAGAGUAUGGGGAGCCAACGAGUACCUCCAACCAGGGUCAUCCCUAAGCGAAUACGACUACGUGCGAGAAUGCGUCCGCCUAGAGAAGGACGUGCGACUCUGUCUGCACUCUUCUAUCGACAGGGAACUGGCCAGGACAGAGCGGGACGACGCUAUGGCGCAGCAUAUUACACUUGAUGAUCUGAUGCCUAAUGUGGGGACGCCUGUGCUGACGUUCGAUAACUUGUCUAUAUUGUUGGAAACCCUCGAGGGCGAGCUAUCCCGCUGCGUGGGCGUGGCGGGCGCGGAGGGGUCGUGCCCGGCGGGCGCGGCGCUGCAGGCGGUCAAGGCGGUGGUGGCGCUGGCGGGAGCCGAGCCGCUGCACGUGACGCGCGCGUUACAGGCGUUCGCGCACGCCGCCGCCAACAACGGCACAUCCCUAACCCCCGAAGUAAUCUCCGAGCGAGGCGACUACGCGUCAGUCCGUCUGCGGUCUAGCACGGCGCGCGAGGCGGUCGCCGCCGCCGCCAGUAAGCUGCGUGACGCCGUGCGAGGCCUGCUGGCGUUGCAUGCGCGCUCGCAUAUCACUGAUUUUAGAUUGGCCGAGCCGCCGUAUUAUACGCAGUUGGAUCCAGCUAACGCGGUCCCCAGUAACACGGUGCACGAGAGCACUCUGGUGUGCAUAGAGGCGGUCCACUCCAUCCCGCCGUGUCUGCAGCAUGAGGAGCAUCUGUUCCUGGCGCAGAUAUUCCACGGCACGCGUGCCAUAUCGCGCGUGGCGUCGACACAGCCCUGCCAGCUGGACCAGGGCGGCUUCUACCCGAGGAUCAUCGCCGACACCUGGUUAAACCUAGAAGACGUGCCUAUUAGCAGUCUCCCGCGCGAGUCCCGCCUCGUCCUCACCCUCAUCGGGCGCUCCCGGCGCGACCAGUCCGGCGACCAGUCGAGCGACCAGUCCGCCGACCAGUCGGGCGAGCAAUCCGCCCAGUACGAACAGACGGAGCUGGGCUGGGCGGCGCUGCCGAUGUUUCAUCAUGACCUUAUGCUGGCAUCAGGCAGCUACCUGCUCCCGCUGUGGCCGCGCUCCGCCGACAAGCGCCUGGGACCCGCCCCCCCGCUGUACCACGCACCCCCCGGGCCUCACCCCCUCGUUAAUAUAGAGAUACCCCUAUACGCGCACAACGGCGUCCGCUGGCACUGCCCCCCCGCCCCGCCCGCCCCGCCGCCGCCCGCCUUCGACUCUCUCGACGCCCAUACCCAGUGUCAGUUGCUGCAUCUGAUAGAACAGGGGCCUUAUCAGAAGAUGCCCACUGAGUGCCGUGAGAUAAUGUGGGAGAAGCGGCAAUACCUGCUGGAACUAUCCGGCGCAUUACCCCUCGUGCUGCUGACUGCGACAGCGUGGCACGGCGAACAGCGCGCCCAGCUGCUGGCGCUGCUGCAGGCGUGGAGCAAGCCCGGCGCCGCCGCCGCGCUGCACCUGCUGCUGCCCUGUUUCCCGGACGCCGACGUCCGUGCCCUAGCCGUCUCGCUCAUCUCUGACCUCGACGACGGGUCGUUCUGCCGCUGCCUGCCGCAACUACUAGCAGCCGCGCGGUCGGACUGCGCCGCCGCGUCGCCGCUCGCCGCGCUGCUGCUGAGGAGAGCAUUCGGCAGCGUCCGGAUAGCGGCCAACAUGUUCUGGCUGCUGGUGCAUGGGCUGCCUAGUCAUCAGGGCACCGGCCAAGAGUUCCUUGGCAUCACGCUGGACGAGGGCGGCGCGGCGGCGGCGGGCGACGGCGCGGUGUGCAGCUGGCGGCGGCGGCUGCUGCUGCAGGCGCUGCUGGCCGGCUGCGGGCAGCGCCUCGCCGCCAGCCUGCAGCGGCAGCGGCUGCUGGUGCAGUCGCUAACAGAAACAGCCAUGUCAGUGAAGACGGGUAAAGAGGGCGCCCGCUCCCGCGCCCUCACCAGCGGGGCCACGCAACUAGCGACCUUGUUGCGCGAGCAGCCCGCCGCGCUGCCGCUGUCGCCGGCGGCUGUCGUGCAUGAUGUUAAUGUGCAACAAUGCUCAUACUUCGCAUCGAACACUCUUCCCCUGAAGAUCAACUUCAUCGGGCGAGACAACGCCGUCAUACCCGCCAUGUUUAAAAUAGGCGACGACCUCCGCCAAGACUCGCUAGUUCUGCAGAUCAUCCGCGUGAUGGACGCACUGUGGCUGCGCAGCGGGCUGGACCUGCGCCUCGUGUGCUUCCAGGCCGUGCCCACCGCCGCCAGACAAGGCAUGAUCGAGAUAGUCUCUGAAGCGGAGACCCUGCGCGCCAUCCAGACAGAGUGGGGGCUGACGGGCUCGUUCAAGGACAAGCCCAUCGCGGAGUGGCUGGCCAAGCACAACCCAAGCGAGCUGGAGUACCAGCGCGCCCGGGACAACUUCACCGCUUCCUGCGCGGGCUACAGUGUCGCCACCUACUUACUGGGCAUCUGUGACCGGCACAACGACAACAUUAUGCUCAAGACGUCGGGCCACCUGUUCCACAUCGACUUCGGCAAGUUCCUCGGCGACGCGCAGAUGUUUGGCAACUUUAAACGCGACCGCGUCCCCUUCGUUCUCACCCACGACAUGGUAUACGUGAUGAACGGCGGCGACCGGCCCACGCAGCGCUUCCAACACUUCGUGGAGCUGUGCGCGGCCGCGUUCAACGUGGUGCGCGCGCACUGUGCGCACCUGCUCGACCUGCUGGCUCUGAUGGCAUCAUCAGGCGUCCCCGGCGUGAGUUCCUCCGCAGUGGGCUACGUGCGUGCAGCCCUACUGCCCGCCGCCACCAACGCGGAGGCCGCCGCCGCCUUCGCACGACUCAUACACGACUCACUCAAGAGCAAGUUCACCCCGAUCAACUUCUUCCUGCACAAUCUGGCGCAGCUGCGCGCGGGCGACGCGGGCGCGCAGCCCGCCGAGCUGCUGGCCUUCAUGCCAAGGGUCUACACGAUGGCUCAAGAAGGCCGCCUAGAAACCGUGGAAUGUCUCGGCUACGAAAAACGCUACGACCCUGAGAAGCACUACGUGUACUCUCUGAGAGUGACUCGCAAGGGACACGCCACGCCUGCGAUCCUCUACCGAUCGUAUAGACAUUUUACUGAGCUAUAUCAGAAGAUAUGUCUGCACUUCCCGCUGGCGAAGGUUCACAGCUUACCCAUGGGUCUCCACGUGGGCCGCUCCAACACGCGCAUAGUGGCCGAACGCCGCUUCUCGGACGUUCAGGCGUUCCUGCGUUCUCUCUUCAGCCUGGCCGACGAGAUUGCGCAUUCUGACCUCGUGUACACCUUCUUCCACCCGUUGCUGAGGGACCAGCAGGAUCUGGAGCCGCAGAGGACUAAGCACAAAGGCGAAGCAGUGGAGAGCCUCGACAACAGCGGCUCGGGGUCGCUCAAGAUGUCGGUGCAGUACGCCGGUGGCGCCCUCUCGGUGCUCAUUCUGCACGCGCAGUCGCUGGCCCUCACGCCUCAGGGUCUGCCGCCCAACCCCUAUGUCAAGGUGUAUCUAGUGCCAGAUCCUACCAAAGAAACGAAGAGGAAAACGAGAGUGCUGAAGCGAAAUUCUCAUCCGUCAUUUAUGGAAAUGCUGGAAUACCGUCUACCCCUAGACGUAGUCAAAACCCGCAGCCUGCAAGCGACGGUCUGGCACUACGACUCGCUACAAGAGAACCAGUUCUUAGGCGGGGCCGUGAUCCCCCUCGCGUCUCUUCCACUGCGGGAGGAGACUGUGGCCUGGUACCCCCUCCAGUAUAUACCCAGGUAGUACCCGCUCCAGUAUGUACGGUCAGCAAAAGAGAUAUGUAGGCCACCGCAGCGCAAACACUUUUUUAUGAUUUACUGAAAGGUGAUAGGUAACAUGUAAAAUGCUUUACCUACUUAUAGAGAUUGAUAAAACACUAUUUGAUUCUGUCGAUCUUUCACGCAUGUGUCUCAGGAUCAAACUGUUUGCGCUGGGGUGACACACAUAUAUAAUUAUUUUGCUGACUGUACACGGGUAUUACCCGAGUGGUAAGCCUGAGAGUAGUUACAUAGCCUGAGUAUUAAAUGCUCAAUUUUGUACCCUGCCAGUAAGAAGUAGUUAGUACCAAUAUAAUGAUAUACUUACUCAUAAUAUAGUACGGUGCGGGGUACAAAUUGCAUACUACACGUAGCUAGGGGGAUUCUGGUGAUGUUUAUAUACUAACGGCAAUAUUCCAUUGGUUUAAAGAAUGUUGCGCUCAAAGACUAGAGUCGGCGUGUUACUCAUUACAAUAAUGUGAUAGAUUUCGAUCUUAUUAUUACGAUUUUGUUUAUGGUGGAAGGAGCCAAUUGUGCACUUGUUUCUCAACACUUGUGUGUUAUGAUGCCGCUACUGGCAUGCUUGUGGCGUCUAAUAUGAACUCAAUAAUAUGUUCCUGUUUAGAGGGGAACCUAAAAGUCUGCGCAUAAAAUAGAUUUUAAUUUAUUUAUCUUAUUUAAUUAUCUACUUCUGCCAAGGUACAAGUUGUAAUCUUUAUUUAUAGGGCUUCGGUAAGUUAUUAUGUGGCAAAUGUGAACAUUUCAAAUGUUUCCUAAAAAGGGUGGCCAAAUGAAAAUGUUGAAGAUGAGAAAUUUAUCCGGUUCGAAGGACCAUCACUGUUUAAAUAAUGAAGGUUUUGGUCGACAAGGUAACAAGCACAUCAAAAGUUAUAUCGAAAUAAAAUAUCGAGUUAUUAGAAUAGUUUUGAAUUGUUAUGGUAAAUCAAUAAUGAUUGUUCCUUGUGUGUAACAUAUCAAGAUGCACGAAGGAAAUCCAAAGGCUCACAUUCCAGAGUUUCAUAUUUUUUCUAGUUCUUCGAUUUUGAUUUUGAUACUGUGCUUUUGCACGUGUUUUGUGGGUGGCACGGGAGUGGCCUUGUAGCGUAGAUACUAUCGACAUUUACACAUCUAACGUAUUUAUAAUCAUGAGUAAAUUAAAGUUUGGAUCAAUUAAUUUAUAUCUACAGAUACUUAUGAAAUUUCAAUGAACGUAAAUGUCAUCUAAUAAUCUAUUAUUUGAUUAUCAAGUAAUAAUCAAACAUUAUAUUAAAAUCAUUUAUUUUGAUUAUCUUUAUUUAUAGCGUACAUCUAAUUAUAAGUAUAAUACAGAUAGACUAUUCUAUAUUUUUAUUUACAAAUUUGUGUGUGAAUUUAUACAUUGUGUCGUAUUAAAGUUGCAUUUACAAGCUCCGUACCUCAGUACAAACAUACGAACUGUAGUUAAUCUGCUAAAUAUUAUGUAAAGCCUCAAAUAUCGCUUCAAUUAUUAUUAUUAUUACAUACUGUAUGUAACAAAUUAAUUAGCUAAUUAAUAUCGAACAUAUCGUGGCGACUCUCCGCGACUGUACAUACAUUAGUUAGACUUUUAUACGAUUGUACGUACUUUUAGAUAACUGUAACUUUUCGGCAUGUAUUAAACAUAAUAAUGAAAUUGUUGUUUAUUGUCUAUUUAAUAAAACCGCUUUGGUAUACA